AUACGCUGGCUAGAACACUUGAAUCAACACCAGCUGAAAACCAAAAAAAAAAAAGAUAUCCAUAGAACUAUUUACACUUGUUUAUCAGUGACACUAGUAAUUAUACGAAUGCAGAAAAUCCCACUAAAUGUUUCACAUAUGAGACUCAUUCCGUUUGCGGAAUAUGCUACAAAAUCGAACGGUCCGUCAAGGUUGGCACUUGCAAGUAGCUUCAUUGGAAAGGAGAGCAUCAGUUUAGGUUGGAUUAUCUUUAUGAAUUAAGGGAUUUAACAUAUUUCCCUAUUAACGACGAAAAUGACGAAACCUCGGAUAAACUGGGGUGAACUUUUCCCAAGCAAGAAGAGCGGCUUCAUUUUCAUCACGUACAUGUCGCUUUUCGUCAGUCAAGGAAUCCUAGUUACUGCCUCACAGCGUGCUGAUAACAGUUACGGCUACAACACAAUACUCGUUGUACUCUUGACGGAAGUUCUCAAACUGAUUAUCUCAACUGGACUCUACUGCAGAGAACAUUCAUUCAAAUCGUUGGUAACCAAAGUUUUCGAGGGGAGCGGUGUUUUACUGUUAUACUUCGUGCCUGCAUUCCUCUAUUGCCUGUACAAUAAUCUUGCCUUUGUGAAUCUCUCAACGUUUGAUCCGACGACAUAUUAUUUGCUAUUGCAGUUACGUGUCGUUAUCACUGGGAUACUUUUCCAGAUAAUCUUCAAGAAAUCUCUUAGUCGAAAGCAGUGGUUUUCAUUAUGUCUGCUAACAUUGGGCUGUAUGCUGAAACAGUGGAACUUCUCCUUACCAUCUCUCAAUGAUUCCGCUAUAGAAGUGACCAUCAAUGAACAGGCCAAACAACCCUCCCAUCCGGGGGCAGAUGAUCGAAGCACAUUUCACGGAAAGAACAUCACCGGCUUCGAUCUCAGUUUUAGCGCAGUCUUAAUUUUUAUACAAACGAUCUGCUCGUGUUUGGCUGGUGUAUACAACGAGUAUUUGUUGAAGCGCAAAGGUUCCGAUAUCAACAUCUACGUGCAGAAUGUUUUCAUGUAUUUAGAUUCGAUAGUGUGCAACCUGUUGAUUCUCAUGCUCCGUGGGGAGCUGGCCGUCGUCAUCACCCGAAACCACUUGGCUGAAACACUUCGUUUCGAGGUACUGGUGAUUAUGGCCAACAACGCUGCGAUCGGGAUAAUUACCAGUUUUUUCUUGAAGUACAUGAACUCGAUUUUGAAAACGUUCGCCAGUGCUUUAGAAUUGAUGUUUACCGCAGUCUUGUGUUACGUUUUGUUUUCAAUUCCUAUCUAUUUGAACACCGUGCUGGCAAUAUUUGUAGUUUCGUACUCGAUUUAUUUAUACUCACUCAAUCCGGUGGUCAAUCUUGCCAACAAACCAGGAACCAGCAUCGCUUCGGGAAGCUUCGCCAAAACGAAAGAUGAUGAUAGUCGACGAGCUCUAAUGGACAAUGACGAUGAUGACCUGGAACUUCAGAUGGAGGAGGUCGUCUAGUAUUAGCGGUAUGAAGUGAACGGUCGACUUUAUUCUCAUUGUUGAGUAUUCUAGUUAAUAUCCUACACGAGAUCAGGUACCAAAAAUGUAAUGUAAUGAAACAAGCUAUCGUUAUUACCAUUUUGUGUCUUAUUUCGAGUCCUCUGAAAAAACGAUACAUUGUUGCUCUCGGAUUAGUUUUAUCGAUAGGAACUUAAUUUAUGUAGUUUUUCAAAUUUGCGUUUAGAGGAUAGAAUGUAUAUCUACUGUAUAUACCACAAUAAAAGUCCUGAGAAACUUA